GUCUGCUCAGUGCUCACACAAACAAAUAAAUGACCAUGGAUGUAGGUUGCAAUAGAAAUGAACAUCUUGACAAGCACAUUGGAUUCAAUAAAUGGAUGUGAAUUGAAACUGCUUCUGGAAGCUAUAAACAUAUGUGAAUUGAAAUAUGUGGCUUAAACCUGAAGAGAUAUUGCUGAAAAAUGCAUUCAAGUUAUGGGUGACGGAAAAAGGCAACGAUUACUUCGUAUUACAAAGGAGGCGAGGAUAUGGUGAAGGAGGAGGCGGUUUGACAGGUCUCCUGGUUGGAACUCUGGAUACAAUGCUGGAUUCCACGUCUAAGGUUGCUCCGUUUCGCAUUCUACACCAGACACCGGACUCCCAGGUCUACUGGUCAAUAGCGUGUGGUGGCACCAAGGAGGAGAUCAGCCAACACUGGGAGUGGCUGGAGAAGAACAUCAUGAGAACCCUGUCUGUGUUUGACUCCAGUGAUGACAUCACCAGCUUUGUGCAGGGCAAGAUCAGAGGUCUGAUUGCUGAGGAAGGAAAGGUGUCAUGCGUGCAGGAGGAUGACCCUGAGAAGUUCCGUGAGGCGCUGCUGAGGUUUGAGAAAUGGUUUGACCUCCCUCAGAAGGAGAAGCUGGUCACCUACUACUCCUGCAGCUACUGGAGGGGCCGCGUGCCAUGCCAGGGCUGGCUGUACCUCAGCACCAACUUCCUCUCUUUCUACUCCUACCUACUUGGCUCCGAGGUGAAGCUGGUUAUCUCCUGGAAUGAGAUCUGGAGGCUGGAGAAAACGUCCAAUGUCAUCCUGACGGAGAGCAUCCAUGUGUUGGCCAAUGGGGAGGACCACUUCUUCUCCAUGUUCCUUCAUUUCAAUGAGACCUUCCUGAUCAUGGAGCAGCUGGCUGACUACUCCAUCAAACGCCUGUUUGAUAAGGAGACUUUCCAGGAAGAGCCCUCCCUCUCAGACCCUCUGCAGAUCACCAAGAGAGGCUUAGAAACGCACGCUAGGAACGAGCAGUUCCGGGCCUUCUUCAGGCUGCCUAAAGAGGAGAACCUGCUGGAGGUGUAUGAGAGCUUCCUGUGGGUGCCCUUCAGCCACUUCAACACUCUGGGGAAGAUCUGUCUUUCCGAGAGCUACCUGUGUUUCGCCAGCCAGGAUGGCAGCCAGUGCCACGUCAUCAUCCCCAUGAGAGAGGUGAUUGGUGUGGAGAAGCCGGACCGUAGCAGCAGGGCUUUGACUGUGUGUGUGCGGGGUAAGAGGGCUCUACGGUUCUCUGAAAUCCGAGACUUUGAGCGCCUCGCAAAUGCAAUCCGCAGGAGGUGUGGGAUGACGGCCAGUCCUCAGCACUCUGCCACAACUGAGGUCAUCAGAGGGGAGUGCCAGAACCUCAUCAAUCAUUUUGAGGACAACCCAGAGGAGGUGGCUUUGAUGGUGGGACAGAAGGACAGUAGCAAGGCUGUCAGCACUGAGGCCCUCAUGACCGUGUUCCAUCCCCAGGACACCGAAAACCUGGACCCCAAAAUGCUGAAGGAGAAGAUGAAGGAGCAGUCAUGGAACAUUCACUUCUCAGAGUAUGGCCGUGGCACCAGUAUGUUCUGUACCAAGAAGACACGAGACCUGAUUGUGCGUGGCGUCCCUGAGGCCUUAAGAGGAGAGCUCUGGAUGCUUUUCUCAGGUGCAGUCAACGACAUGGCCACUAACCCGGGGUACUACAGUGAGCUGGUGGAUCAGUCUCUGGGCACCAGCACCCUGGCCACUGACGAGAUAGAGAGAGACCUGCACCGCUCCCUACCAGAGCACCCUGCCUUCCAGAGCGACACAGGCAUCUCUGCCCUGCGCAGAGUCCUCACCGCAUACGCCUACAGGAACCCCAAAAUCGGCUAUUGCCAGGCCAUGAACAUCCUGACGUCGGUCCUGUUGCUCUAUGCAAAAGAGGAGGAGGCUUUCUGGCUGCUAGUGGCCGUCUGUGAGAGGAUGCUGCCUGACUACUUCAACCGCAGGAUCAUCGGUGCCCUGGUGGACCAGGCAGUGUUUGAGGAGCUGAUCCGAAUGCACCUCACCCAGCUGACGGAGCACAUGACAGACCUGACCUUCUUCUCCUCCGUGUCCCUGUCCUGGUUCCUCACCCUGUUUAUCAGCGUCCUGCCCAUAGAGAGCGCUGUCAACGUGGUCGACUGCUUCUUCUACGACGGCAUCAAAGCCAUCCUGCAGCUGGGCCUGGCUGUGCUCGACUACAACAUGGAGGGCCUGAUCAGCUCCCAUGACGACGCUGAGGCAGUCACCAUCCUCAACAAGUUUUUCGAUAAUGUGACAAAUAAGGACAGUCCUCUACCACAAACAGUGCAGCAAAACUCAGUGGGGAACAAUGACAACGCAUCAUCCAUCUCCAAGGUGGACGUCAGUGAUCUCAUCAAAGAAGCCUAUGAGAAAUAUGGAGACAUGAAAUCAGAGGAAGUAGAGCGCAUGCGGAAAAGAAACAAACUAUAUGUAAUCCAUAUGUUAGAGGAUACGACCAAGCAAAAUGUGCUACGGGUAGUGUCACAAGAAGUAAAGUUCAGUGCUUCCCAGCUUGAUGAACUUUAUGUAUUGUUCAAGAGGCAACAUUUCCUCAGCUGCUACUGGACUAUGAACAGCCCAGUGCUGCUGCACCACGACCCCAGCCUGGCCUAUCUGGAGCAGUACCAGCUGGGCUUCCAUCAGUUCAGCCUACUCUUCUCCCUCCUGGAGCCCUGGUCCCUCUGCAGCGGCAAGGAUGCCCUCUUCCUCUGGGCCUUCCGCCUGCUGGAUGAGAACCAGGAUGGCCUCAUCAACUUCAAAGAGUUCUGCUGUGCCCUGGAUAUUUUGUACAGCGGCACUUUCACCAACAAACUGAAAUUCCUGUUCAAGCUUCAUCAGCCACCAGCUUUCACAGGUAGUCCUUUCCAAUCAAAGGCCCAAAGAUUGCCUCACUUUAUUCCAAUGACUGACGACCUAUCCCACUUGAGUCGAUUGACUGUGUCCGAUCUUCCAGAAGAUGGCGUGAUCAGAAAAAGCCCUGAAAGAGGCAGAGGGAAAGUGGAUCUGCAGGCCUACCUGAAACAAUGGCAAGAUGAGAUACUAAAGAAAGAGGAGAGCAUUAAGGAUUUACCCAGAAUUAACCAGGCUCAGUUUAUCCAGUUCUCCAAAACGCUCUACAACCUGUUCCAUGGUGACCCAGAGGAAGAGUCUCUGUACCGUGCUGUGGCUCGAGUCACCAGUCUUCUGCUGAGGAUGGAAGAAGUAGGGCGCAGGCUCCAGGAGCCCACCAGUCUUCAGAAGUCCAGCAUUAGCCCCACCCAGGCUGCCAUAGAGGGGGCUCUACCCAACGGGGAGGCUUCCAGCACCCCUGAGAGCAGCUCAGACACCCCUAGCACUCCUAUCCCACAGGAGGUUGAGUGGUCGUUCGCUUUUGAGCAGAUCCUGGCAUCCCUGCUCAACGAGCCUGUCCUUGUGCACUUCUUUGAGAGGCCUGUAGAUAUUCAGGGCAGGCUGGACCAUGCCAAGAGUGCUCAGUUGAAUGCCAAGACAAACAAGUGAAGGAUACACUGUGGGUUUAACCCUCUUAUCAAAGCCAUUAAGUCUAUGUUCACUGUCCUCUCUAUUUUCAACUGUUAUUUCUCCGCCUGGUAAGGUAACAGGAAAGGAUCCUAAGCCAACCCUGUUCACUGUAACCAAACGUAGGAAUACACUCGUAGAGAAAGCAUUCACACCUUCUAACGCCUAUAAAUUCCAGUUGUAUCUUGUAGAUUCAUAGUUUCAGUCCUGUCAUCUGCACACCAGCGAACCUGCUCAAGCAUGUUAUUGUAUCUCUGGGUUUACUUUGUAAUGAAGGGAUGUGGCCAAUUUAUUUCUGGUCAUUUUAUGGAGGGGGGGCUUUUGAAAACAAUGGGACCACUACUUACUAAAGGCCCAAGAGAGCGCUGAUAGCUGGAAUGCUACAUUUCAGUUUUUUUAUAACAUAUCUUACGUUUUUGCCUUCAAAAUUUGUUUUGUUGAAAUAUCAUGAGUGAGGGAACAAGAGCAUGUUGUCAUUGCCAAGUCCAAUCACUUUCAGGACAAACUAAAAACAAAUUGUAUAGUUGCUGUUGAGGCAACCACAAAUGAGGACAUUGUACAAUAUUUACAUUCUAACUACUGUCUGAGUCUAAGGGAAAUUAAGUUAAUGUAUAUAUAAUUUGAUAUACAGAAGAAUAUACAUAAAUGUCUUAUAUUAUAUUAUCUUGUUUGAUAUUGUACAUUUAAUUGAGUUGCAAAGGGUCAGAUGUUAUAUUCAUAAUGUUUUGUUACAGGAAAUUAUUGUUAUGUUUGAUUAUAUUUGUGAGACUGCAGAUAAAAUAAUUUCACGUCCUUUUUUUAAAUGCUGUAAAGCAUGAAAGGGUGCAUGGGCAUGGAUAAAUUAUGACAAUAACUAAUUAUUCCAAAUGCAACACGGUUGGUUCUGAAUGUGUUACUUUAUUUCUAGGUUUGACGUGGUAGACUGUAAAAUGCAGGAUUUUAGUCAAAGAUGUUGAUUGAAAAAAAGCUGCUUCAAUGUCCUUUGUGUAGUAUAGAUAUUUCUAUUUUACAUGAGCAGUUAUAAAUAUUUAUUUUCAAAAUGAGUGUCAGGAAAAGGACAGCUGAGCAACUUUGACAUGGUUUAUAUUUAAUAUAUUUGAGCGUUCUUCCUCAGUGCCAUCUGUGUGUAAAAUCAAAUCUUGCAGUUAUAUUAUAGUCCUCAAAUGCUAUUCCUUGUUAUAAUAGAUGCUAAGGUUAAUAUAAAUGUCACUUUAAAGCAUUUACUUGACAGCACAAUAUCAUAAAAUAUGGUGGAUAUGUAGCUACUCUGCAGUUUUUUUUUUCAAUAUAGUAAAGUCAUGAGUCCAUAUUCAUGGGAGAACAAGUGUUAGUUUGAAAUUAGCAGUUUACUCUUUACAUUGCAUUAGUAGUGAGUCUUGAGUGAGAAGUUACAUUUACCUGUGAACAAGUCAACUAAAUGAAAGUCUUAAAAUAUUUGCAGGGAGAUUGCCAUUCGAAAUGCCACAGUUCUCAAUUUCUCAAGAUAGAUUGUUGUGGACUACACUCACAUUUAGAAAUAGAGACAUUGUCUAUGGGCUUUAUUAGUUAUGCACUAGACAUCUGAAGUCAGAUCUUUAUCAACUUGAUGCAAUACAUAGGAUAAUGGUGUAUUUAUUACCAGUGAAACUAUAUUACGUUACCUUUUAUUUCACCUUUAAGCUGUUUACGCUUUAAGAUGACUCAUAGCACAAAUGUAUUUAGGCCUACUUAAGAUAAAUUGUAACUAUAAUGGCUUUGUUUUCAAUUAAUGGUCUUAAUUACAAUACUCUCAUUUAAAACACGUUUAUAUGGUGACUGUCUACAGUCUGUGUACUGCCUGUUUUUGUGGGGGUGUUUUCUGGAGGAAAUGAAUCCUUUGGAAUGUUAUGAAGUUUUUGAUCUGCCUGUGCCUACCACAAGUGACACUUUAUGUGAAUGUCAAACGUCUUGAAAUGAAAUAAAAUGUUACAAUGUAAUACAAUUA